AUGUUAAAAGAUAUUCAAGAAGCAAAACACUUAGAAAGUUUAGCAGAUGGAGAUCUUGAAACAGGAACGGGUCUUAAUCAAAUGUGUAGUUUGAAACGAGCAGGUAUAACCGAUUUACUUUCACAAGCUUUGCAAAGACAAUCACAAGACAUUGUUAAUGCUAUGAAUUUAGUUUCAAGUACAAAGACACUUCCUCAAGAAUUGAGAGAACAUGCCUAUUCAAUCGGGACCGGUCGUGGUUGUCAACAACGUGAUUUAGUUACAAAUGAACAUCACUAUUACUUUAAAAUUUUUAAUGUUAUCAUUAAUGUUCAACUAAUGGAGCUAAAUGACAGGUUCACGGAGCAAAGUAUAGAAUUACUUGUUUUGAGUUCUGCAUUGGACCCAAAAGACCAGUUUAAGAAGUUUGAUAUCGACAAGAUUUGUGUACUUGCAGAGAAGUUUUAUUUAGAAGAUUUUGAUGCAUCAGAGGUACGAGCUUUAAGGUUACAAUUAGAGCAUUAUAGGUGUCAAGUAGUUUCGCAUAAAUAUUUUCAAGAAUUAUCUUCUCUUGCGCAAUUAUGUAGACAAUUAAUUGAAACAGGCUUAGCCAAGAUUUUUCCCUUGGUUGAUAUAUUGAUCAUUUUGGUUUUGACACUUCCUGUUUCUACUGCUGAUACUGAGCGAGCAUUCUCUGCGAUGAAAAUUAUAAAAACAAGACUGAGAAAUAAGAUGGAAGACGGAUAUCUUUCAAGUUGUAUGAUGCUUCACAUUGAAAAAGAAUAUGUCGAUGAUAUUGAUUCAGAGACUGUAAUUAAUCACUUCGAGUCCACAGGAGAUCGUAGAGCUCAAUUUUAA